AUGGAAGACGCCAAAACUAUAUUCGCGUUGAAGCCCCUCAAUGGCGUUGACAUGGAGGAGAUCACCGUCGCGGAUAUCCAACGCCAUCUCAGCUCUGGCAGUUUCUCUUCCUUGGAACUGACAGAAUGGACUCUAAGCCGGAUUAAACAGACAAACUCCUACCUCGGCUCCGUCAUCGAGGUGAACCCAGAUGCCGCCGCUAUAGCCACCGCUCUUGACGCUGAGAGCAAGCAGGGCAGCCUCCGUGGUCCCCUCCAUGGAAUUCCCGUCCUUGUCAAAGAUAACAUGGCGACCGCAGACAAAAUGCAAACCACCGCCGGCUGCCGCGCCCUCAUCGGCUCCAUCGUCCCCCGCGACGCACACAUUGUGCACCUCCUCCGCGCUUCCGGUGCCAUCAUCCUCGGCCACGCCGGCAUGUCCGAGUGGGCCUCCAUCCGCGGCAGCGAGGAGUCCAUGGGCUACUCCGCGCGCGGCGGCCAGGUCCGUAACCCCUACAACCUCUCCAUGAGCGCAUGGGGCAGUUCGAGCGGAUCAGCUGUCGCUGUCGCGGCGGGGAUUGUGGUGCUAGCGUAUGGAACGGAGACGGACACGUCGAUUAUCUCGCCGGCGAACUAUGCGGGGCUUGUGGGGAUCAAGCCGACGGUUGGGUUGACGUCGCGCGCGGGUGUGAUUCCGUGUAGUGAGAGUUUGGAUUCGGUGGGGCCGUUUGGGAGGUGUGUUAGGGAUGCUGUGGUGGGGUUGCAGGCGAUUGUUGGGGUGGAUGAGAGGGAUCGGUAUACGGCUGAGGCGGCGGAUCAUGUCGUCGAUUAUGAGAAAUGUCUUGCGUCGAAGGAGUCGUUGAAGGGAGCUGUGUUUGGGCUUCCUAUGAAGAGGGUUUGGGAGAAUGUUGAUGAGGCUAUCCGGCCACGUUUUGAGGAAGUAUUUCAGAUGAUCAGAGAUGCAGGGGCUACGAUUGUUGAAGUCGACUUUCCUUGUUGGGAAGCGAUGAUUGAUGAGAAAGGAUGGAAUUGGAACUCCGGACCAGAUGACCAGUCUGAAUACCUCGUCUGCGGCGUAGAAUUCUACCACGGCCUUCGCGCAUACCUCGCAGAACUCACAAACACCACCAUCCGCAGCCUCGAAGACGUAGUCGCCUACAACAUCGCGCACCACGACGGCGCAUCUCCCGGCGACGACCCCGGCUUCCCAAGCGGGCAAGACCUUCUCGAAAAACUCAUCGACAAAAAAGACGUCAAAGAUGAAACCUACCAAGCCGCCCUGCGGUACAUCCGCUCACAGACCCGCGAGAACGGCAUAGACGCCGCGCUGACCUACCAACCUGACCCCUCCACACCCGCGAUCCAGCUCGACGCGCUGCUGCUUGCUGAUCGGGCGGGUCCGGGGCAGCAGCUUGCUGCGCAGGCGGGGUAUCCGAUAGUUACUAUUCCGGUUGGUGUUGAUAGUGAUGAGAUGGGGGGGAGGCCGUUUGGGUUGAGCUUUCAGCAUACGGCGUGGAGUGAGGGGAGGUUGAUUAGGUGGGCGAGUGCGGUGGAGGAUUUACUGGGGGUGGAGAAUAGGCCGAGGCCGAUGUAUAGGGAGUAUUUGGCUACGAAUAUUCCUGUUUUACCGUAG